GUGCCCAGAUUAUUGAUCUGAUGAUGCUUGUAAUAGAUGUGACAAAAGGGAUGCAGACGCAGUCAGCAGAGUGCUUGGUAAUUGGGCAGAUUGCCUGCCAGAAGAUGGUGGUAGUCCUGAACAAAAUAGAUCUCCUUCCAGAGGGCAAGAGACAAAGUGCCAUUGAGAAGAUGACUAAGAAAAUGCAGAAGACCUUGGAAAACACCAAGUUCUGUGGGUGUCCUAUUGUUGCUGUUGCAGCAAAGCCCGGUGGACCAGAAGCCCCAGAGUCUGAGAAUCCGCUAGGUGUUUCUGAAUUAAUUGAGGUCCUGAAGUCUCAGGCUUACCUGCCAUCAAGAGACCCCUCGGGACACUUCCUUAUGGCAGUCGACCACUGUUUCUCUAUCAAGGGUCAAGGCACAGUGAUGACAGGGACUAUUCUUUCUGGCUCUGUUAGCCUUGGUGACAGUGUGGAGAUUCCUGCCCUGAAGGUGACAAAGAAAGUCAAGUCCAUGCAGAUGUUCCAUACUCCUGUGACUUAUGCUAUGCAGGGUGACAGAGUAGGCAUCUGUGUUACCCAGUUUGAUCCUAAACUGCUAGAACGAGGCCUGAUUUGCACCCCGGAAUCACUACACACCAUCCAUGCUGCAAUAAUUUCCCUGAAAAAAAUCCAGUAUUUUCGAGGAGCUCUUCAGACCAAGGCCAAGUUCCAUAUCACAGUUGGUCAUGAAACAGUUAUGGGAAGAGUGAUGUUUUUCAGUCCAGCCCCCGCUGACUUCAGUGAAGAAAUGAAAGAAAACGUUUUUGAUUUUGAAAAAGAUUAUCUUUACCAAGAGGAAUAUUUGUCCAAGGACUCAAAUUCUUCAGAGGACAACAAAGAAAAUGACCAGGCAGAAACCCAGCUCCCAAGACAACAGUGGGCUUUGCUAGAGUUUGAAAAACCAGUCACUUGCCCUAGACUGUGCCUUGUGAUUGGCUCCAAGCUGGAUACAGAUAUCCACGCGAAUACCUGCAGGCUGGCGUUUCACGGGAUACUGCUCCAAGGCAUGGAAGACAAGAACUACACAGAGACAUUCCUUCCAAAGCUGAAAGUGUACAAACUGAAGCACAAAGAAGGGCAAGUGGAAAGG